AGAAGAAUAAGAAGAAGAAGAAGAAGAGGGAGGUCUGUAGGAUUCCAUCACUCUUAGCAACGGUUGUUCAGUUACCACGGUAACACUCUGCAAUAUUCCCUGCGUCUCCUUUGUCUUUCUCCAUUACUCCGCUUUUUCUUCUCUCUCUUACCCACUCCAUCCCAUCUUUAUUGCUGGCCCACCUCCUCCUGUGGUUGCCACGGCGAUGCUGUGGGUCCGCCGCAGUGCCGGAGCGCAGAGCUGAAGUGUGAGCUGGCAAAGGAAAAGGAAGUCAUCAGCUGAUCACCUUGCUUUUUUGUUGUUGCUUUUGCUUUUCCACUUUCAAGUUCUUGUGACCUUUUACUCGUCUACUUCCUUCACGGAGACAGAAGACAUCGAUUUGGGUCGACCCGGCUCGUCACGUGACAUCACAGGAAGUUGGAUGAAGUUGGAAGAACUCAAGUUCUCUGCUCUGCGAUCAGGAUUGAUGUUUUCACGACUCCGUCGCUGUGAGAGUCGCCCGGGUGCCUCACAGAGAGCCAACUCAGCUCUGUGAGCACUUCACUUCUACAAGCCCUUGACGAGAUGAAUGAGGAGGCGGAGGAUGUGCAGAUGCCUGAGCGGGUGCUGGAAGCUGUGGAGGAGGAGGAGGAGGAGGUGCAGCAACAGGAGGACAGACUGUUGGAGGAGUUAGUAAAGAAAGAAGAAGGUCAAGAUACACCAGAGGAAAAGCUGGAGGAGAAAAUGGAAACAGAGGAGAUGCAACCAGAUGAGAGAGUGCAGCAAAGAGAGGAACAGCUGGAGGAGAUGCAGGAGGAAGAAAGGCUACAACAGGAGGAGCAGGUGCAGGAGGAGGUGACGGGCACAGAGGAGCCUGCACAGGAGCAGGUGGAGGAGAAGGAGCAGCAGCAGCUGCAGGAGGAGGAGGUGCAGUGUGAGGAGAUGCCACACAGCGACAAACAGCAGUCUGAUGAACAGCAGCUGCAGGACUUUGUAGAAACUGUGGAGCAGAACCACAACAACCAGGUCCUGAUCCGACUGAGAGGAAUGCAGAAAUAUAAAAGUGCAUCACUAAGGCUGAAGGGGGUCCUGGAGCAGAUGGACCGCGGCAUCGUGGACCUACAGGAGCUCCGCAGGAACCUGGAGCUGGCCGCCGCCAUGCUGGACGCCGUGUACACGGACGAGACCAAGCGUCUGCUGGACACCGAGGACGAACUCAGCGACCUGCAGGCCGAGUCGGUGCCCAGCGAGGUUCGUGACUGGCUGGCGUGCACGUUCAGCAGGAAGAUGGGUGUGGCCAAGCGGCGUCCCGAGGAGAAGCCACGAUUCAGGAGCAUUGUGCACGCUGUGCAAGCUGGGAUAUUUGUAGAGAGGAUGUACAGACGGACGUCCAACAUGGCCGGGCUGACCUAUCCUCCCACAGCUCUGACAGCCCUGAAGGAGGUGGAUCAGUGGUCUUUUGAUGUCUUUGCCUUCCACGAGGGCACCGGAGAUCACGCCCUGAAGUUCCUGGUCUACGACCUGCUGACUCGCUAUGACCUCAUCGCCAGGUUCAGGAUCCCGGUGCAGGCCCUGGUGCAGUUUGUGGAGGCUCUGGAGAACGGUUACAGCAAACACAGGAACCCGUACCACAACCUGAUCCACGCUGCUGACGUCACUCAGACCGCACACUUCCUGAUGCUGCACACUGGACUAAUGCACUGGCUCAGCGAGCUGGAGAUCCUUGCAAUGGUUUUUGCUGCAGCGAUUCAUGACUUCGAACACACAGGAACAACCAACAACUUCCACAUCCACACCAGGUCGGAGGUGGCCAUUCUGUAUAACGACCGGUCGGUUCUGGAGAACCAUCACGUCAGUGCUGCCUACAAACUGAUGGCGGAGGAGGACAUGAACAUCCUGGUCAACCUGAACAAGGACGACUGGAGGGAGCUGAGGUCUCUGGUGAUAGAGAUGGUGAUGUCCACGGACAUGUCCUGCCACUUCCAGCAGAUCAAGACCAUGAGGAACGGCCUGACGCAGACGCACAGCGUGGACAAGGUGAAGGUUUUAUCACUCAUGCUGCACGCCGCCGACAUCAGUCAUCCGGCCAAAACCUGGCCGCUCCACUACCACUGGACCCACAGCCUGAUGGAGGAGUUCUUCAGACAGGGAGACAAAGAAGUGGAACUUGGCCUCCCGUUUUCUCCUCUCUGUGACCGUAAAGCCACUAUGAUCGCCCAGUCACAGAUCGGGUUCAUAGACUUUAUCGUGGAGCCGACUUUCAGCCUUCUGAUUGACACAACAGAGAAGGUGAUUGGCCCUUUGAUAGAGGAGGAGAAGAAGGCCAGAGAGACAGGAAACCGGAGGUCCAGCCUCACAGGAAGUGGCUCAGUCACCGUGGAUUCGGUGCAGAGACACAGCAGUGGUCUCCAUGGCAACAGUGAUGAUGGACAGAUGGACUUUUCUCUGACUGCCAUUGACCUGGCGGCUCUGAGGCUCCACCUCUGCAGCGUCAUCACCAGCAACAAGGACCGGUGGAAGGAGCUGUCUGUGGACGAGCUGGCCGAUAAGCAGAAAGCGGAUAAAGAGGGCGUGGAGGUGAACAAUGACCACGACAGCGAUCAGCCGCAGAGCUCCGAGGGCUCCCCUCCAGCUGAGACGCAUAACGACAGGUCACCUGACCACACGGCCACGCAUCAUCUGACCUGUAACGGGGCAGAGGAGGAGGAGGAGGAGGAGGAGGAGAAGGGAGACCAGGACGAUGACGAAGUGCCUGAAAAUGCCUGACGACGCACUGCGGCGAACGCCCCACCGUAUCUGACUGUGGUGAAUCACCGUGGCAACAGGCAGCGCCGUGAAGUGACAACAAGAGUUCAGACUCUUCAGUAUAAACACAGCAGCUGAAUCACUGGCCCCUCACUGGCCCCAAAGGGCCUCCAGACUUUACCUUUACCACUUUAUUGUGAUCACAGCUUGUUAGCAGCUUCUUUGCAGAAAGGCAGGAGAAAAAGGGGGGAAUAGCUGAAAACUCUCCGGAGGAAUAAAAGUUGGAGCUGUUAAAAAGCUGUCGUGGGAGUUUUGUGUCCGAGUACAUAAACAGGUGUGUUGUUUGUUAUGCAUCUCGUAUAAUGUGUGAGUUUUAGGGGGGGUUGCUGCUCUGCUCUCUUUCCCAGCUUCGAGUCUCCAAACCUUUAUGACCAAGCCCCGUGAUGUCAUCUGUGAUGUCAGAGCUGUCAAAUUUUGCAGUAAUCGAGUAGAUUGUCCCCACAUAGUAACAUUAAUGGUCUUGAUUUGUUUGUUUGGACCAGUUUUGUUGGCCUCGUUUGCAGAGGUGUCAAGUAACAAAGUACAAAUACUUUGUUACCUUACUUAAGUAGAAAUUUUGGUUAUCUAUACUUCACUGGAGUAAUUAUUUUUCAGACGACUUUUUACUUUUACUCCUUACAUUUUCACGCAAUUAUCUGUACUUUUUACUCCUUACAUUUUAAAAACAGCCUCGUUACUCUAUUUCAUUUCGGCCUUUUAAAUAAAAACUAUCCAGUUAAAUUGCGCCAUCCAGAUAGAGUGAAUUUGGUUGUGGUUGGAUGAGAAGUAUAAACAUAAUAUCAUUCCGACACCCUAUUGGUUUGUACGCGUCUGCUCUCUGAAACACAUGUUAAUGCUCAAUAGUACACAUAUAUGGUUCUUUAAUAUAUUUGCAUUAUACUAAGAUGCAUUCAUUUUCAAUGGCUUUUAGCCUUAAUGGCUUUUUCCCCCUUAAAUUACUUUUACUUUUAUACUUUAAGUAGUUUUGAAACCGGUACUUUUUUACUUUUACUUGAGUAAAAAAAAAACUUGAUACUUCAACUUCUACAGGAGUAUUUUUAAACUCUAGUAUCUAUACUUCUACCUGAGCAAUGAAUGUGAAUACUGUUGACACCUCUGCUCAUUUGGUCCAACUGUUGAUCAGAAUCUGGUAACAUUAAACCCCUGUUUCACGUUUAAACCCAACAUGUUGGGGAUCUGCAAACGCAGGGAGGGUCUGCAGUGUCUUGGGAUAUAAACUUCUCAUUCUAAUGUGACGAAGAGACCCCUUUCAGACAGUAAUCUAGUGGCAACUGAAUGUGGGAUUUUCUGUUUGUUUGUAAUAUUAGUGAGGGUAAUCUGACUAGGUCUGACCUAGUGGUGACGAUAACAACCUCCCAACGCUA